AUGGCGGAAUACGACGAUACCUAUGAAGAUGAGUACUAUGAUGAUGUCGACGAGGGGAUUACGUCGGAGGACUGCUGGACGGUGAUUUCGUCCUUCUUCGAGUCCAAGGGUCUGGUGUCGCAGCAGCUGGACUCGUUCGAUGAGUUCAUCUCCUCGACUAUGCAGGAGUUGGUCGAGGAGCAGGGACAAGUGACACUCGACCAGACCCUUCCGCCAAAUGAAGACGAAGUUGACCCCGUCGUGCUACGCCGGUAUGAGCUGAAGUUUGGAACGGUCAUGCUGGCGAGACCGGCAAUGACUGAAGGUGAUGGCGCGACGACAAUCAUGUUGCCACAGGAAGCUCGUCUACGAAAUCUUACGUACGCGAGUCCCCUGUAUCUGGGUAUCACGAAGCGGAUCAUGGAGGGUCGCGAGCGGCUUGUGGCGGACCGCGAUGAUGAGGAUGGGCUGGCGACGGAGGAGGAGCGGAAAGCUCGAGGCACAUACUUGCACUGGGAACAGAAGGAACUGCCGGAAGAUCAGGCAAAGGAGGAGACUGUCUUCAUCGGAAAGAUGCCGAUUAUGCUCAAGUCAAAAUACUGUAUCUUGAAGGAUCUCAGUGAGCAGUCCCUCUACAACUGGAACGAGUGCCCAUACGACUCUGGCGGUUACUUCAUCAUCAACGGAAGCGAGAAGGUCCUUAUCGCCCAGGAACGCAGUGCCGGAAACAUCGUUCAGGUGUUCAAGAAGGCACCUCCGAGUCCGACGCCAUAUGUCGCCGAGAUCCGAAGUGCUGUCGAGAAAGGUUCGCGUAUCCUGUCGCAACUGUCGCUUAAGCUCUUUUCCAAGGGAGACAGUGCGAAAGGAGGAUUUGGUCCGACCAUCCGAUCGACUCUUCCCUACAUCAAGACCGAUAUUCCGAUCGUUGUCGUAUUCCGUGCGCUCGGUGUCGUGUCUGACGAAGAUAUUCUCAACCACAUUUGCUACGACCGUAAUGAUACCCCGAUGCUGGAGAUGUUGAAACCGUGUAUUGAGGAAGGUUUCGUCAUCCAGGACCGCGAAGUUGCCCUGGAUUUCAUCAGUAAGAGAGGAUCUUCGCAGACCAGUAUGAACCAUGAGAGACGUGUGAGAUACGCAAGAGAGAUCAUGCAGAAGGAAUUCCUUCCACAUAUCUCCCAGAGCGAGGGAAGUGAGACUCGAAAGGCCUUCUUCCUGGGCUACAUCGUUCAUCGACUGCUUCAAUGUGCUCUCGGCCGUCGCGAUGUUGAUGAUCGUGAUCACUUUGGAAAGAAGCGUCUGGACCUUGCUGGUCCUCUGCUCGCUACGCUUUUCCGAACCCUCUUCACCAGAGUUACUCGUGACCUUCAGCGAUAUGUUCAGCGCUGCGUUGAGACCAACCGUGAAAUCUAUCUCAAUAUUGGUGUUAAGGCAAGCACCUUGACUGGAGGUCUGAAGUAUGCUUUGGCCACAGGUAACUGGGGAGAGCAGAAGAAGGCUGCCAGCUCUAAGGCCGGUGUUUCUCAAGUGUUGAGUCGUUACACCUAUGCGUCUACGCUUUCCCAUCUUCGCCGCACCAAUACGCCAAUUGGUCGUGAUGGAAAGAUCGCCAAGCCUCGACAGCUUCACAACACCCACUGGGGAUUGGUGUGUCCGGCUGAGACUCCUGAAGGUCAAGCUUGUGGUCUUGUCAAGAACCUGGCGCUUAUGUGUUACAUCACUGUCGGAACGCCUAGCGAGCCCAUCAUUGAUUUCAUGAUUCAGCGAAACAUGGAGGUUCUGGAAGAGUUCGAGCCGCAGGUGACGCCCAACGCGACAAAGGUGUUUGUCAACGGAGUGUGGGUUGGUAUCCACCGUGAUCCAACCCAUCUCGUCAACACCGUCAUGUCUCUGCGUCGCCGUAACAUGAUCUCCCACGAAGUCAGCUUGGUUCGCGAUAUCCGUGACCGAGAAUUCAAGAUCUUUACCGAUGCUGGUCGUGUAUGCCGACCGCUCUUCGUCAUCGAUAAUGACCCGAAGAGCGAGAACUGCGGUUCUCUGGUCCUCAACAAAGAACACAUCCGUAAACUUGAGCAGGACAAAGAGCUUCCGCCAGACCUUUCACCGGAGGAGCGCAGAGAACGGUACUUCGGAUGGGAUGGACUGGUUAGGUCUGGAGUUGUGGAGUACGUCGAUGCAGAGGAAGAAGAGACCAUCAUGAUCGUUAUGACGCCUGAAGAUCUAGAGAUCUCUAAGCAGCUUCAGGCCGGAUAUGCUCUCCCUGAAGAUGAGGGCAACGAUCCCAACAAGCGCGUCCGGUCCGUCCUCAGUCAGAAAGCGCACACCUGGACACACUGUGAGAUCCACCCCAGUAUGAUCCUCGGUAUUUGCGCCAGUAUUAUCCCUUUCCCGGACCACAACCAGUCUCCUCGUAACACCUACCAGUCUGCAAUGGGUAAACAAGCUAUGGGUGUAUUCUUGACGAACUUUGACCAGCGAAUGGAGACGAUGGCCAACAUCCUUUAUUAUCCACAGAAGCCGCUGGCCACUACACGGUCCAUGGAGUUCCUCAAGUUCCGAGAACUUCCAGCCGGGCAAAACGCCAUUGUCGCCAUUGCUUGCUACUCUGGAUAUAACCAGGAAGAUUCCGUCAUUAUGAACCAGAGCAGUAUUGACCGUGGACUGUUCCGCAGUCUGUUCUAUCGUACUUACACGGACUCCGAGAAGAUGGUGGGGCUGACAGUGGUCGAGCGUUUUGAGAAGCCUAUGCGCUCCGACACCAUCGGUAUGCGGAAGGGUACGUACGACAAGAUCGACGAGGACGGUAUCAUUGCUCCUGGUGUCCGUGUGUCCGGUGAAGAUAUCAUCAUCGGUAAGACGGCCCCUCUUGCCCCGGAAGCAGAGGAACUCGGUCAGAGAACGAAGGCGCACACCAAGCUGGAUGUCUCGACACCGCUGCGAAGUACCGAAAGCGGUAUUGUCGACCAGGUUUUGGUAUCCACGAGCAACGAUGACUUGAAAUUCGUCAAGGUGCGGAUGAGGACCACCAAGAUCCCCCAGAUUGGUGACAAGUUCGCUUCCCGUCACGGACAGAAGGGUACUAUUGGUAUUACAUACCGCCAGGAAGAUAUGCCAUUUACGCGGGAGGGUGUCGUUCCUGAUUUGAUCAUCAACCCUCACGCUAUUCCAUCGCGUAUGACUAUUGCACACUUGAUCGAAUGUCAACUGAGCAAGGUGUCAUCGCUGCGUGGAUUCGAAGGUGAUGCCACGCCGUUCACGGAUGUCACUGUCGAUUCCGUGUCUCGCCUGCUGCGUGAACAUGGCUACCAUUCGCGUGGAUUUGAAGUCAUGUACAAUGGCCAUACUGGACGGAAACUGGUGGCACAGGUCUUCCUGGGACCAACAUACUACCAACGUCUACGACACAUGGUGGAUGACAAGAUCCAUGCUCGUGCUCGUGGACCAACUCAGAUCCUGACCCGGCAGCCGGUAGAAGGUCGUGCACGUGAUGGUGGUCUCCGUUUCGGAGAAAUGGAACGCGAUUGUAUGAUUGCUCACGGUGCCAGUGCUUUCCUGAAGGAGCGUUUGUUCGAUGUGUCGGAUCCUUUCCGUGUCCACAUCUGCGACGACUGCGGCCUGAUGACUCCCAUUGCGAAACUCAAGAAGGGCUUGUUUGAGUGCCGACUGUGCAAUAACAAGCACCGGAUCUCGCAAGUACACAUCCCGUAUGCCGCCAAGUUGCUCUUCCAGGAGCUGGCCUCCAUGAACAUCGCGGCACGCAUGUUUACCAACCGCUCUGGAGUAUCUGUGCGAUGA